CAAUCAUCUGUUCUUGUAGUCUGUUCUUCGUGUAGAAGUCUUUUAGCUCAGGGUAAUAUAUUGCACCAUUCUUGAAGUAUACCACGACGGCUGGCGUGAUGCUGCAGCGAGGGACAUCGACCAUGGCACUGGUAAUGGAACCUAUAAGUAAAUGGACACCCAAACAAGUAAUGGACUGGAUAAAAGGCUUGGAUGACUGCCUUCAGCAGUACAUCAAGAACUUUGAGAGGGAACAGAUCAGUGGGGAAGAGCUGCUGCACAUCACCCACCAGGAGCUGGAAGAGCUCGGCGUUACCCGCAUCGGGCAUCAGGAACUCAUCCUGGAGUCUGUGGAUCUGCUGUGUGCUCUAAAUUAUGGGCUAGAAACAGAAAACCUGCGAACAUUGUCUCACAAGCUGAAUGCUUUUGCCAAGAAUCUACAGAACUUUAUCACAGGUCGCCGUCGGGGUGGACACUACGAUGGCAGAGCUUCAAGACGCCUACCCAAUGACUUUCUCACUUCUGUGGUGGACCUUAUUGGCGCUGCUAAGAAUCUUCUUGCCUGGCUGGAUAGAUCCCCAUUUGUCACUGUGACAGAGUACUCUCUCCUUAAAAACCACAUUGUCCAGUUGUGCCUGGAGUUAACUACCAUAGUACAACAGGACAGCACUGUGUAUGAGAUGGAAAACAAGAUCCUUCAUGUGUGUAAAACAUUAUCCCGAGUCUGUGAGCACAUCAUCUCGCUGUCCUCUGACUCCCUGGUCUCGCAGUCUGCCCACCUAGAGAUCAUCUACCUUAGUAACCCUAUGCCCACAGAAGGCCUGGGGAUGUAUAUAAAAUCGACUUACGAUGGACUUCAUGUAAUCACUGGAACCACUGAGAAUUCUCCUGCUGACCAGUGCAAGAAGAUUCAUGCUGGCGAUGAAGUUAUUCAGGUCAACUAUCAAACUGUGGUUGGCUGGCAGUUGAAAAAUCUAGUUAAUGCUUUGCAAGAAGACCCCAAUGGUGUGAUCCUCACUUUGAAGAAAAGGCCACAGAAUACCUUACCUUCUGCUCCAGGCCUGCUCAAGAAUGUGCGCUGGAAGCCCUUAGGCCUGCAGCUCAUCCCUACUAGUCCCCCAAGUAAUCCCAGCACCCCAAACAGCACCAUGGACAUGCUUUCAAAGACGGAUAAUUACAACAUGCAUGACGUCUUCAUCAUGUCCCCUGUGUCUGGAAGUUAUGAAUCCAGCCAUGAGAUGGACGUCACUCCCUGCGAUGAUAUCGAUGAGUACAACAUAGCGAGACUUGGCAGGAAGGGCUCAGAGUCACCCAGCUACUACCUUGACCAUGAAAAUGAAAAGUACUUCCCACUGGUGGAGGAUGAAGAGGUGGCCCUGGGGCCAGAGUAUGACAGGGGAUAUUCCUCAUGGCUUCCUCGGCGUGAGAGAUCCCCUCCUCACGGGCCCGGUUCUGUGCUGAUGGAGUGCAACUGGAUGGGAGGAGCCAGGGAUCCAGAUCUAUACAAGACGAGCGGCAGAGAUCCUAAUAACUCCCUUCCACACUACUGGAGUGACAGCAAGAUCCUAAUGAUUCAGGACGAUCUGGACAUGGGGCGGGACUGCAGAUGGGAUACUGGGCAACACUCGCGUAGGAAGAGCAAGAGCACCAGCAGUAGCCGUUACCAUAUCAGCCCCCCCCUGCUGCCUGCUAAUCAUAGUGCUGGAGACACACAACGAGUUGAAACUGAUCGAUAUGCAAAUACAGGAAUUGAAAAACAAGGUGGAACAUCCAUGAAGAAGUCAUUUCACUAUGCCUCCUUACGAACCAGAACUAAAAGGAGAACUAAAGGCUCUGUACCCAACAUCAGCCGCAGACGUGUCUCCUGCAAGGACCUGGGCCAUGGAGACUGUGAGGGCUGGCUGUGGAAGAAGAAGGAUGCCAAGGGCUACUUCAAACAGAAGUGGAAGAAGUACUGGUUCGUUUUGAAGGACUCCUCCCUUUACUGGUACACCAACCAGAAUGACGAGAAAGCGGAGGGAUUCAUCAGCCUCCCGCAGUUCAGGAUAGACAGGGCUGUCGAAUGCAGAAAGAAAUUUGCGUUCAAAGCAUGUCAUCCUAAAAUCAAGAGUUUCUUCUUUGCUACUGACCAUUUGGAUGAAAUGAACAGAUGGAUGAAUCGGCUUGGACUAGCAGCUAUUGGGUACACACCUGAUGAUGAGAUGCCCCGCCCUGAUGAAGAUUACUGGAGUGAAAGUGACCAGGAUGAUAAUGAUGGCUAUAUGACUCUCAAACAAGACAGCUCAUCUUCUCUGUGUGACACAUACCAUCGUAUCCAUUCUGUCAACUCGUCAAGCCCUUUUCCUGAUCCUAAGCACGGGCGCCAUUUUUCCAGUGACUCCACAUACUCACAUUUAUCAGCAGAGGACUCUCAGCAAAACGCAUUCGGCAGCGCCAGCUCCUCCAGCUGCCGCUCCAUGUACUGUGAGCGACGUUCCUGGCAGGAUCUAAUGGAGACACCUCUUACCAGCUCAGGCAUGCAUUUCCUGCAUACGGGGCCAACUGAGGGUCAUGAGGCAGGCCUCUGCGGCCAGGCCGGGGACCAGCAGCUCGGCAUGGCCCCUGACAAAUGGCGCCAAGCCACUCUGCCGGUGCAGUAUCGACACAAGUCUGACAGUGAGGGCCACUUUUCCCCACUGGAAAAUGAGGAGCAGGGGCUGCGUGUUCCCCACCACACCCACAAACAGCGCAGCCAGAGUCUGCCACGGAACCACAGCCGACGCGGGCCGAAGAGCUUCCUGCACACAGCCAGGCCUUUUGAGGAGAAGAGCGAGGAUGAUGAGGUGGCCUUUGAUGUUUGCAUCAGCAGCAAAGAGGAGUCUCAGCAUAAGAGACGCAGCAUCGACGGUCUGCAGGAACUUUACCAAACGCUGGAGCAGGCCAGCUUGUCUGCCUUCGGAGAGCAGCGGCCCUUCAGCAAGCAGGAGUUUCGCCGCUCUUUUGUCAAGCGCUGCAACAACCCAGUCAUCAACGAAAAGCUGCAUCAUAUCCGCAUUCUACGCAGUACCCUUAAGGCCAAAGAGGGAGACCUGACAGCUGUUAAUCAAGUGCUUGAGGACUCCGAACUGACCUCCAAGAAGUUCAGAGAAUGGAAGCAAGGGCACCAUGAGCUGUUUUUGGACAUCUGUGAGUUCAUCUCAAGCACUAAGGAGCCCCAAAAUGGUGAAAUAUCUGCCCUGGCCACACCCCUCAUAGCACACACCCAUUCCUUCUUUGAGACACAUGUUUGAAAGACGUCAAUGACUGAAGCAAUGCAGUCAAGCAUCAUGAACACAGUUUUUAUCUCUACUGUACUAUACCCAUCCAGCUCACUACAGCUCCAUUCUGGAAGAGCUCACAGAUGACAAAACCCUUUUUCAAAUAUAAACAUGGUACUGAAAGGAAAUUACUGUGGUUUAUCUUUUAAUAAAAACAAAAAGCCUCAAAUGUUAAUAGUUGAAUGUUUAAAUAGAAAGUAUUACAUUUCAUUCACUUUAUAUAAAAACUAAAUACAAGACAAAGUAAAUAUAUGUUUUAGACAUUUCCUGUUAUGCAAUUUAUUUUACUUUUUCAAAUUUCCUUCUUGUAUCUUUGUGUACUUCCAGCCACAAAUUACAUACUUUUUAUUUAUAUUAGUAGAUUUCCUUACCUUAUUGUGUAUCAGAGGGUAAACUUAUUAUUUUGUAAUGAAUAAAGAGCAUAUUUGGUGGGUGUGUGCGUGUGUGUGUGUGUGUGUGUGUAUACACUGAGUGACAAAAAAAGUUAAGCACCCAGAAGUAAUGGUCCGAUUUGGAUGUAAUUUGGUACACAUGCAGACCAGCGAUGGGUAUUUAGAUAAUUCGAUUUGAAAGAAGCUGGUGUGUCUAGUCACCGGACCCAGAGGACGCCUCGUAGAUGCAUUAGACAGCAUUACCAGCACUUGUGGGAGUUUAAUAGGGGUCGCAUUGUGUGUUUGCAUGAGGCUGGGUGGUUGUAUUGUGCAAUUGCCCGGCAUGUGCGGUAUGCAGAUGUCACAGACGCCUGAUGUUGGAGCCAAUGGGCAUGUGAGGGCACCCACACACGUUGUGAAGGUUCCGGUCGCGCAAGACAGACCACACCAAAGGAGGAUAGUUGUAUUUUGUGCCAUUACAGAACCCCAUGAUAUCUGCACCUGCCAUCCGGACACAGGUGUCUACAACACCCCGUUUCUCGCACCGUGUCUCGAUGACUGGCAUUAACUGGACUAUGGAUUCACGGUCCCUUGUGUAGGCUUCCGUUAACACCAGCGCAGAGACGGGUGUGUUUGGAGUGGUGCUGUAACUGAGAGGCAUGGACUGAUGAUGAGUGACGUUGUGCCAUGUUCAGCGAUGAAUCUCAGUUCUGCAUUAUCAUGGAUGACCGUUGUGUGUGCAUAUGGUGGCCCUGAGGGGAGAGGACCAAUCCUGCCAAUGUUGUGGAGAGACACACCGAUGUUACUCCUGGCAUCAUGGUGUGAGGAGCCAUAGGGUAUGACAUCACGGUGUGGGGAGCCAUAGGGUAUGACAUCACGGUGUGGGGAGCCAUAGGGUAUGAGACAGAACCCUGCGACAGUCUUUCAACAAGACAAUGCCCAUCCACACAUGGCACUUGUAUCCAUGGGCGUCGCAGCCAUUAAAUCUGAGGGGGACGUGUCCCCCUCACAUUUCAUAAUUAUUCGUUUGGACCCCCCCCACAUUUAACAUAAAAUAUUAGUUUUAUGCCAGUGUGUCCCCCCAGUGCCAGUCUACAGGAUCUCCAGGACCAGUUACAACAGCUGUGGUCCGACUUGCCGCAGGAGAGAUACAACAGCUGUACGACUCCCUUCCAUACCGUAACACCACAUGCAUCCAGGCCCGGGGGGGGGGCAGGGGGUGCCACACCCUACUGACAUGGGACCAGCAGUGUGUCCAUACUGCCAACUCUGUUGUCCGUUUGAUCAGAUAUUAUAAUGAUUGCAAUGCAGUCACAUGACCUUUCAUCAUGUGCAGAUUCGUUUCAUUUCCACCGCUCUGUCUGGGUACUUAACUUUUUUUGUCACUGAGUACAGUACAUAUGACAUAUACAGCCAAUGCAUUUGUAGGGUGUGACACAUCACACUCAGACAUAGUGAAUGCUGACCACAGUCAUGGCAUCUUUUUUCCAUAAUAAUGUAACUAUAUACCCAGUAUACAAUGCUAAUAUUACAUAUGUAUAUAUUACUUUACUUUAAAGUACCAAAAUAUGGCAUGACUGGGGUUUUAGAUAAGUGGGAAUAUGAUUGUAACAGGCAGCUUGCUAACUUAAAACUGUGAAAAAUCUUUGUGAAUGCAAUUGUAUAUAUCUACAAAAUCUUUAAAAAAGAAAAUAAUUUUAAAAUCAAUUUCAAAUGUCAAAAGAAUGUUUGUGUGUCUAUUAUAUAUGUAUAUAUAGACACACAUACACUACACACACAGUACCAGUCAAAAGUAUGGACACGCCAAGCCACCUACAAAGGUGAGUGAUAGUGUUGCAUCACAUGACCUGGUCACCUGACCUAAACACAGUAGGAAUGGUUUUGGAGGAAUUUGACCAGAGAGUGGGCAUAUGUGGGAACUCCUUCAGGACAGCUGGAAAAGCAUCCCAUGAAAAUGGUUUAGAGGAGACAGUUGGGUCAGUCAGUCGCUGAAGCAAUUGGGGUUCAGGGCCUUGUUCAAGGGCCCAACGGUGGCAUGACUCUCCCAACCACGGAAUUUGAAUCAACAACCUUCUGAGUCUCAACCCACAGAGCACCCCCGUCUGAACAAAAUUUUUUUGCUUAAUAGUUCUUUGGUCAGUGUAUAAUUCCAUAUAUGUUAUUUUAUAGUUUCUAAAAUAUGGAAAAUAGUACACAUAAACCUUUCUGUGGUCAGGUGUGUCCAAACCUUUGACUGGUACUGUAAA